UUGAAUGUUUGUUGUUUGCUUGUGCUGACUUUGGCGCGCACUGGCAUUCUCCGUCUCCGUCUCUAAGUCCAAACGCGCCUUGGAACGGUCGUAACCACAUCGUCUGGGCGUCCAGUACUCGUUCAGCACGGUCUAGCUGAUCUAUCAGAGCUGAAGCUUGGCGCUAUGGUGAAAUUCAGCGAGUGCUCAAAAGAUAACGUCAACGCAAUGGUGAGAGAGGAGGGACGGGCUGUGGAGUCAAACGAAAGUGAUGAGUUCAAGAAACCAUUUGUCUCUUACACAACAGAAAAUGAUGUAAAAAGUAUAGUUUGUGGAGAGACCCACCAAUCAAGUCGAAUCAUACGAGAUCCCUUGCCACAAGAACCAACGUUUAAAUGUGCGGUUUCUGAAAACUGGUUCCAAUCGAAAACUGCCUUAAAAGCACACACUAGUCAGAGUAUGGAGGAAUAUAAGAGUACUGAUUGUUAUGAAGGCUACAAGAGGAAUGACAGCCCACGAGACCAUUCCCUACAGACCUGUGUAAAAGAAAAGACAUUUCAGUGCGAUAUUUGUGAAAAGUUUUUCGGUACCAAACGGUACCUAAAAAGGCAUUUGAAUAGGCACUCAAAGGAGAGACUAUUUAAAUGCACUGACUGUGAGAAAAUGUUUAAAUCGGGUAGUGCCUUAAAGGCACACAACGUUACUCAUCAAACAAUUGAGAGAUUCUUUGAAUGUACAAUUUGCGAGAAAGUCUGCAGAACGAGUAGUGCCUUAAAGGCACACAGCGUUAUUCAUCAAACAAUUGAGAGAAUCUUUGAAUGUACAAUUUGCGAGAAAGUCUUCACAACGAGUAAAGCACUCAAGUCCCACUUAUCAAAAGAACAUUUAAAACUUUUUAAAUGUUCGUUUUGUGGCGAGUGCUUUGACAGUAAUCCUCAACUACUUACUCAUAUAAACUCUCACACUCAAAACGAUUUAACAUGUGCAGUUUGCAUGAAAACAUUCAAAAACAUACCAAAACUUAAGAACCAUCUCUUAACACACACAGGUGAGAGACCGUUCAAAUGUUCUGAAUGUGAUAAGAGUUUCACAUCGCGAAGCGUACUACAGGCACAUGUAGUUUACUGCCAUUCAAAUGAGAGGCCAUUUAAGUGUAGUCAAUGCGCACAAGAAUUUAAAGUUGUCUCGGGUUUAACUAGACACUCACGUGUACAUACAGACGUAAAGCCUUUUCAGUGUACAGUUUGUGAAAAGAGAUUUCGACGCUCGUGUCACCUUAAAAGGCACUUUCGUCGUCACACCGGAGAGGAGACAUUAUUUCAAUGCACUAUUUGCGGAAGCUCAUUUCCCGAUGGCAAUAGACUUCAGUCCCAUCUAAGCAUCCACACUGGAUUCAAUCCGUUUCAGUGUACUGUUUGUGGAAAAACGUUAAGCUCAAAGGAAGCGCUCCAAUCACACAUGUUAAUCCAUACAAAGGAAAGACCUCAUCAAUGCACAGUCUGUGAGAAAAGCUUUAGGACGACCAAAGGCUUGAAGACCCACGUGCGCAUUCACACAGGGGAGAAACCAUUUCAAUGCACAUAUUGCAAAGACAAGUUUUUGCUGGAAGCGCAACUGCAGAGACAUACUCUCAUCCACACCGGGGAGAAACCAAUACAGUGUGCCGUGUGCAAUAGACGCUUCAGACACAAAAGCAGCCUAAAAGUGCAUGCCUGCAAACCCCAAAAUCAAUCAGCAGCCAGCUCGCAAUGAAGGCCUUGCGUGGCGGAGAGUAGUGGGGCGCAGUGGUGGGGAGAACUAAAACAAAGCAAAAAGCGGUCGAAAGCGAAACUCCAGAAAAAAAGAGAUUAUUGCUUUGUUUUGGUUCCUCCUGAGGACCGCGCACCCGUUACUGAGAUUUUGCAAGUACAGAAUGAACUCGCUU